UCACCGCGCCUUGUCAGGGUUCGUCCAGCCACUUUACGCUACUCUUCCAUGGCCACCGUUUAUACAACGCGGCAGCGAGCUUCGGGACGGCGCUUGCAUCAAGGUUCCGACCAGCUGCAAUAAGUCAAGACGCAAUCCUUCUAGCGUCACUUGACCUUACAAACUGAACGCCUCCCCCCAAGGCUAUCGAUUAUCGUAUCUUCCAUUGUCCUUCUAUACAUCAACACUCACAUCGCCAACCCUCUAACCCCUACGAAUACGAGCCUCCCUAGUCGUCACGCUAAUCACGCUGAUCCUCACAUCCAAGUGCCUCCGACAUUUUAUACACUACCUCCUACAUCAAUCCCUUCAGCUCUUGCUCGAUACACUUUCCACCUGCAAAGUAUAUCGGUAGACUUCGGCAGCAUAUCCACAAGUCCAAAUGAUCCAAGUGUGCCACGCAGCCCCUCCAUACAAGACCGUGCAUCCGAGGCGACUCGUACUUGCACCGGUCAUUCAAAACCAACAAACCAUGGAUCCUCCCUCAGCACCCAACCCGGCAGGCGAUGCAGGAGUACUACCACAUUUCAACAGCCUCAGCAUUCAGGACGCACCAUCACCACCAACCAAUGACACCGAUCUCGAUGUUUUGACCAUGUCACGAGAAACCGCCAUGAAAUUAAUCGCCCGCUCGAUAAUCGCCAUAGCCAACGCAGCCGGCGACGUACCAGCAACACCGCCACUCUCACGGCCUGGAACGCCUGGAGGAAGGGAAAACCAUCUCAUUCGAUCACAUCGGCGGACAGCAUCCAGGCCAGCGACGCCUAUACCCGCUGAAAAAGAGAAUCAUCAACCCACCGAACUAGCUCCACCCGAAGCGGGUCACGAUGAGCCCGUCACUAUACACGACAUUGGCGCCGGAGCGCAGCCCGAGUCCGUGCAACGAGCCAACAUGGCUCGAAAGUUUUUCUCCAAGACAGUGCCUAAAGUCGGUGUUGAGGAGUACAUGAACCGCAUCCAGAGAUUUUGCCCCUUAUCUACUGCUGUUUGGCUGGCUGCUGGAUCGUACAUGCUGCGAUUAUGCGUUAUCGAUAGGAGCGUUCCUCUCACAUACCGCACAAUGCAUCGCCUCAUCCUGGCCUGCGCUCUCGUCGCAAUGAAGGCACUAGAGGACCACCGAUGGCCUCAAAAACGAUUCGCUGCAGUAGGAGGUGUUGACGAGGCAGCACUUAGCCGAUUGGAGCUGUGUGUGGAGUUUUUGCUGUCGUUCGAUGUCCAAAUCUUCACACCGGAGAAGCUGAAAGAUUUGACGCUUCAACUGCAAAAGGCGGGACAGGCAGCGACCAUGACAUGCAGAUUACCGACGUCAUUCAACCUAAAGCUGAAUAGCCCAAAGAUAAGGAAUGCACAGGCUGUUUGAAUUGAGCGACACAAAAGGCAAGCGUUUCCUUUUGACCGGAUUUUAGGAUAUCCUCAUUUAGCAUAACAAAGGCGUUUGGGUAGCAAAACACGGACACGAUAGCUGGGAAG